GGGCCGGGCCGGGAGCGGCGGCGGGACGCGGCGGAGCUGCCUCUCGCCAUGGGCGGUGGGUGCGGGGCCGGGGUCCCGCUGGCCGCCGGGCUGUGCCAGGCCGGGCUGCGGCUGCUCCUCGCCCACGCCGUGCUGCUCUGCGCCGCCGGGACCGCCGCCACCGACGGCUCCGUGAAUCCCUGUUGCUAUUUCCCCUGCCAGCACCAAGGGGUGUGCGUGAGGGUCGGCCUGGGAGGAUACGAGUGUGACUGCACGCGGACGGGAUACUUCGGCAUCAACUGCAGCUCCCCCGAGCUCUGGACACGCCUCUACAACGUGCUGAAGCCCAGUCCUGCCUUCUACCACUUCAUCCUGACCCACUUCAGGUGGGUUUGGGACAUUAUCAACAGCACCUUCAUCAGGGACACGCUCAUGAGGCUUGUGCUUACAGUUCGUGCCAAUCUCAUCCCCAGCCCCCCCACGUUCAACUCUGACUACGGCUACAUCAGCUGGGAGGCCUAUGCCAACGUCAGCUAUUACACCCGCAUCCUCCCGCCCGUGCCGGACAGCUGCCCGACGCCCAUGGGGACCAAAGGGAAGCAGCAGCUCCCCGACCCCCAGCUCCUGGCGGAGAGGUUCCUGCUGCGGCAGAAGUUUGAAGCUGAUCCCCGAGGCACCAACCUGAUGUUUGCUUUCUUCGCCCAGCAUUUCACCCACCAGUUCUUCAAGACGUCCGGGAAGAUGGGACGUGGCUUCACCAAGGCGCUGGGGCAUGGGGUGGACCUGGGGCACUUGUACGGGGACAACCUGCAGCGGCAGCACCAGCUGCGACUCUUCAGAGAUGGGAAGCUGAAAUUCCAGGUCGUGGAUGGAGAGGUGUACCCCCCUACGGUCACCGAUGCUCCCGUUCACAUGGUCUACCCGUCUGCCAUCCCCAAGGAGAAGCAGCUGGCGAUGGGGCAGGAGGUGUUCGGGCUGUUGCCAGGGCUCUGCAUGUAUGCCACGCUCUGGCUGCGCGAGCACAACCGCGUCUGCGACAUACUGAAGCAGGAGCAUCCCACCUGGAGCGAUGAGCAGCUCUUCCAGACAGCUCGCCUCAUCCUCAUCGGGGAGACCAUUAAGAUCGUCAUUGAAGACUAUGUCCAGCACCUCAGCGGGUACUACCUGAGCCUCAAGUUUGACCCUGAGCUGCUGUUUGGGACACAGUUCCAGUACCGGAAUCGCAUCGCAGUGGAGUUCAACCAGCUCUAUCACUGGCACGGGUUGAUGCCCGACUCCUUCAUCAUCCAGGGGGAAGAGUACAGCUACGACCAGUUCCUGUACAACACCUCCAUGCUCAUGGACUAUGGCGUGGAGGCGCUGGUGGAGUCCUUUUCCAAGCAGGCUGCAGGAAGGAUCGGUGGGGGACAAACCAUCAAUGCCAAUGUCUUGAAAGUGGCCAUUGGGGUCAUCAAGGAAUCCCGGCAGCUGAGGCUACGGCCGUUCAACGAGUAUCGGAAGAGAUUUGGCAUGAAGCCCUACAGGUCCUUUCAGGAGCUGACAGGGUCUGCCCCAUCACUGGCUGUACCCUGUGCUGUGACCCUCCUCGAGGACUGUGACCCUCGCUGCGCUUCCCUCACUCAGCUAGCAACGCAACACUCAAGAGAAAGGCAAACGGCAGCAAACGGACCAACAGGUACCAACCCCAGGUGCAGCAUCCAACAUGCCAUUGAAGCCUCCUCCUCCACACGCCUGGGGAUGCGCAGCCCUGCACAUGGAGCUUCCCCCCACCCAGCGCCACCAAGCCCUUGUGUUUUCUUUGCUAGUCUUUCAGCCACGGCAGUUUGUAGAAAUUGCUCACAACCUCACCAGCUUGUCCAUCACCAUGCACAGCCAAAUCCAAGGUAGAAGGAGGUAGUUUGCGUUAUCUAAAAGCGGUGUUUAGUCUGGUGCAUCCACCAGCAUCACCCAGCCAAGGCAAGUGCUCCAAGUGCCCCCUGCCACUGCAAGCUCUGGUGACAGCACAGAGGCCAGCGCUGCCAGAUGCACCCUCUGUUUGAGCUCUUGGUAAACACAACUCAGAGGAUGUCCUCUGAUUUUUUAAACAAGUGCCUCUGAGGAGCUCAGCCGCAGCUCGCCUGUGUGGGGACAGACAUGGACAGGAGGACAGCACUGCCUGCAUUCGUGCAGUGUGAGCAGCAGUAAUGAAAACAUCUGGCUGUGGUUGUGCGACCUCUUAAGCACAAUGAUUCACUGAGCAGGAGGUUACUGCCGACCAGAGCAGACAGCACAAGAAAGACCAAUUCCCUGCACUGCUGCUUCACGCAAAGCAGUCCCUGCGGCUGGAGGGAAGGGCAGAAGUUGCAGCUGGGUUGCAGCUGCUUUGGCGUUUCCCUCCCUGGGCACCCUGCACCCCUCUGGCCCCAUGCCUGAUCAAGAUUCACCAUGGAAAGUUAUCUAAACCCCGUGGUGGCAAAAAUCAGCAGGGCACCAAGGCUGAAUGGAAAAGCAAUCCCCCGUCCGAGCCCAGCAGGCCCCUCGGCAGUGAGUCAUGCCAGCCAUGGCACAGGAACACUUGUCUGGAUUUUCAACAAAGGCCUAUUUUGAACACUUUAGAAAGAAGAGGUAGAUUGGAGGCCAAAAAAAUAUCAGUAUAAACUUAACUGUUCUAAAUUCUUGUUCCUUACUGCCUGGCAACCGGAUCAGCACCAUGAUUAAAUGCCCGUGUUAAGCUCAUCAACUGUGAUUUCAUUCCUGCCCUCACCAAGCAGCCGUCUUCGUUUCCUUGAGCAUUCGCAUUCUGUGGCCAAAUUCUGCUGUUUGUCUUGGAACAUCUUUAAAUGUGAACAAACCCAGGUGAUUUUACACUCCUCUCUCCCAGUGCAGAAUUACACCCUCCUGUAAACACCAUUGUUUCUGGCUGCCCUCUCUGCAGCAGGCUGCUUUUUCCAAAACAGAACAUUUCCCAGGGGCAACACAACCUACCUGACAAGUGUUUUUUCAACUCCUAUUUAUAGCACUUCUUGAAGAUUAAAAUCAGACACAGAGAUGACUUGGACUUAGUACAUGUACCUUCUUGAUUUGAAGAGUGUAUCACGUAAAGCAGACCAGGCUGCAGCCGAGGUGACGCACAAAACCAAGCAGAGAGCCGCUACCUGCAGGAAGAGCCAAAUCCCCCGGGGCCAGCCUGCACCUCUGUCCUGCGCUUGAGAAGGAGCAGGUAGAAAAUGGAAUGGAAAUAGGGCAGGCGGCAAAGACAGAGCACAUAACAUCUUGGUAGGAAGGUCUUGUUUGUUCAGUCUUAACCACGUGUUAACUUCCAGUCGUGGUUUAAACAUAGAACUAGUGUCAGUGUCUCAGAACAUUUGAAGGUGAUAAAUACCAACCUUAUUUUCCAGGACCAGCUGCUUUCUUUCUGAGCUCUCUUGUCCUGUUGAAACUAACAGAUUUUGAAAAGUUUGCUUUGAUGUGUGGCUUUUCGAUGCUGGCAGAAUUGCAUCCGAAAAACGUUAAAGCAUGAACAAUACCUGCACAGCUCUGCCAGUAUGAGACAAGGUGACUCCGGUUGCUUUGCACCAGGACUCCAGGCUCCCUUGGCCUUUCCCAAGCGACGUUUGCAUCUCAGACCAAUUUCAUCAGGUGCACUAAAAAAAGCAACAGAAUUGUUGGUGAGGCGACGUGUGGGAAGAAACAACUGGGAGAUGUCAAGGGACAAACUCAGAGGCUGGUACCUGCCCAGGUUCUCAGCCCUGUGCUGCCUCGGAAUGCUCCUCCCUGCAGUUUGCUGCCUGCGCCGCCCGUCCAGCAAAUGUCAGGAGGUGCACAGGUGGCCCAGCAGCCAGGGAGAACAGGUGGGCAAAUCUUUCCUAACUUCAGCUGGUGUCUAGCCACACGCAGAAUGCUUGGCCAAGGCAAGAGAAGGUCUAGCGACAAAAUACUCAAGCGUAGUCUCCUCAGCCAUC